GGUUGUAAAAACUCUGUAAGCAAAGUCCUCUUCAAAUCUGACAGCAUGAAAGGAUGGGUUUAUUAACGAUCUUAAGGAAGAUGAAGCAAAGAGAACGGGAAGUUCGCAUAUUGAUGCUAGGACUUGACAAUGCAGGCAAAACAACGAUUUUGAAGAAGUUUAACGGUGAAGAUAUCGAUGAAAUUUCUCCAACAUUGGGAUUCAACAUUAAAACACUGGAAUAUAAAGAUUUUAAGUUGAACAUCUGGGAUGUCGGUGGGCAGAAAUCCUUACGUUCCUAUUGGAGAAAUUAUUUUGAAAGUACAGAUGGUUUGAUUUGGGUCGUAGAUAGUGCUGACUCAGCGAGAUUAGAGGAUUGUAAGGCAGAAUUGAAGUCGUUGUUGUUGGAAGAGCGUCUGACAGGAGCCACUUUACUAAUUUUUGCCAACAAACAAGAUCUUCCUGGAGCUUUAAAAGCAGAAGAAAUCAAACAGGUUUUAGAGUUAGAUAGCAUAAAGACUCAUCAUUGGCAUAUUCAGUGGUGCAGUGCCAUCACCGGGGAGAAUCUCUUGCUUGGCAUUGAUUGGCUCGUUGAAGACAUCGCAUCACGAGUAUUUACGAUGGAUUGAAAACGCUGAAGACUAUGGAUGAAGUUGUGCAUAAACUCAUAGUUAAUGUGUUAUAUUAUAAAACAUAAAUCUACAUAUUUAUUUUAUGUCAUCAUCGAGAUUUCCUUCCCUUUUUCUUUUUGCCAAUGGAAGUAGGAGUUCCGGCUUUCGAUGAAGUCGAAUGAGUUUUAGCCAUUAUUUUUUUCACGUUCUCAGCUGCCUUUCUAAAUCGUAGGGAAAGAAACGCUAUUUAUGCAAAAACAUCACUCACUGUAAUGUAUAAAAAUUUGUCAUAGCAUAGAAAAAAAGGCCUUUAUUUGUUA